UAAGCACUAACAUAGGAGUUAGGCUUCUAUGGGACUUCUGAAUUCUUUGUUUUUAGUCUCCACGACGCCACCGUCGGUACCUCUUAAGCUACUUCAAGUUGUUUGAAGUUUAACAAUGGCAGAAUAUGGUUCAGAGAGAGAUUUAAAUAGAAAAACACAACCUAAGGAACGAAUACCUUAUUUGACUCCAGAAGAAAGAAAGGUUUAUGAUGAAUGUGUGGCACAAGCAACCACAAGUGACGUAUGGCUCCCAGGGGUCAUGUUUGGAUUCAGCACCUAUAUUGGAAUGAAAUUUAUCCCGUGGCUUCACGCAAUGGAAAAAUCUACAAAAAUGUUUAUCCUAGCAUCUUCUGUUUUUACUGGAAUAAUCAUGGCGAAAGUAAGGGUAUCUUCGAAAUGUGUCCAACAAUUAUUGUUACUCCCAGAUGGCAAUCUGCGUAAAAUGGCCGAAUUUGCAAGGGAAGGAAAACAGCAGUUCGUGAGUGACAUCUAUGUACCUGCUGAUGACUCUACAACUACUACCCUGACUGAUAAUUCUUCCAGUUCUGGAGUUGACAUGGAUAUAUACCAUUCUCCAAGUACAUUUGAUUCUUUUGCAGGGAGCAGCAGCAGCAGUAGCGCUGACAGUGAUAAUGCUUCGUUGAAUUCACCCGAGGGCCCAUCCACCCAGUCUGCUUUAACGUAUGAUGAAUUGCGAGCUAGAAAUAGAGAGGAAUACGCACAUUCAAGAAACAAAGUGUUAUCUGAUGCUGAAGGGCGAAGAAGAAUCCAGCGGCUCCCGCCUUCGGCGCCAACAGUUAAUGAAGGACCUACUCCCAUAGUUGAGAAAACUAAAUAUGGAGACGUUUGGGGAUAAUUAAAAAAUAUGUGUUUAAGUUUAUAUAUUACAAUACAUAUGAAUAUAGUACUACGAAAUAGGCACCUUACGAUACUUAUUGUGUUUAAUACACCGUUCAUUAAAGAAAAUGGUGGCGAAUA